CGUCUGGCACCCACGUUUCAUUCCACGUUGCUGACAAUAACCUUUCCUUUCCAUUCCCACAAUCUUUGGGAUUCUCAGGAAAGGGCCCAGCAGAAAGUCCAAGCGCCAGAAACAAACGCAGCAGGCGGCACAGCACACAACCAAACCUUCACCAUGACCAACGCGACGAACCCAACACAGUGGCCCAAGUUCGAACACGCCGGAAUCUGGUACGCCGACCACUGCGAGGUCCUCCUCAUUGAACUAAGCGUUCCAGUCAUCUUCCUCCAGCGGUGGUGGCGCCAACGUGCGAAACCUCGAAAGAACCAAAAGGUUUAUACGAUCAUUCGCAGAGGUCGCUUCUUCACCGUUGCCGGCAGUGCCGAGCGGCUUCGAUUCAAGGACCCAGCACUCCUGAGAAAGUUUCGUGCCUUCGAGAAGCUGGAUGGGACAAAUUUGGGCGUACGCUGCGAUGGUGCCGUGUUUGGUCGUCGCACAAGAGUUUUUAAAGACUCCUACCAAAAGGUGCCCCUGGAUGGCGUUGUUCCAACUGCCAAGGAGGUCCGGGCAGUCAAACAAGUCUUACUGGGCUCCGAGACAGCCAACGGAACAGAGCUGGUCCUGUAUGGCGAACUCAUGUGCAACCCCCGGAAAUUCGACUACGACGAGCGCAGCAUGGACUCCAAAUUCUAUUGCUUUGGCGCCAUGGUGCGGUUUCCCGACACAUUCAGCGGCAAGGACGUUCUCGCCGCCCAGCGGGCGAUCAAGCAGCGUGGCUUUGCCCCCACCAUCAACGGUAACUCGUCGGGGCGUGUUGCGUUGAAUGAUCGGCUCCGUGAGCUCCUCGUUGGACAGGGCAUUCCUUGUGCGCCGUUGCUGGGCGAAGGGCCCUUUGGAGAACUUUGUCUCUCCAUGAAAGCCACUCUCAUGAAGGAUGGAAUGGAAGGUGUGGUAUUGACCGGAGAUGACGGGAGCCUGAAGAAGUGGAAAACGAGCGUAGAGGACGAGUCCAAGACACACGCGAUGUUGAGUGCCCUCAUUCAGCAGCAUCCCCGUUACGUGUUCGAACUCGCGGGCGUGGAUGUCGAUGUCAUCCAGUGUAUGAUUGACGUUUCGGCCAAGAAAACCACAACAGGGCAGGCAAGCAAGGCAAGAAAGCCCAACAAGGAAAAGAAGAAGACGACUGCCAAUAAGACAGCGCCAUUUGACGACGCGACCCACGAGGCUGCUUUGGUGUCCGCCAUGACAAAGUACGAUGCACUGGAAGCUUACUUUGAUAGAGGCGACCAAGCCACCAUCAUCGGCUUGUUGAACAAAGAGGUCACGGACGACCUGGGCGCCGUGGGAAAGGAGCAGAUCAAGUGUAUAGGAGCGGCUGUCGGGAAGAAGGUUGGAAGUGCUUUGGGGCGGUGGAAGAACGUGCAAACCCGAACCGUGUAGUUGCAAUUUUGAACGUGUCAACCGAAUCGACAAAACUUUAAACAUUUAUUUACAUGUAAUACACCAAUGCCAUGCACCGCGACGCGAU